CCGACCUUAGUCUUAAAAUAGGUUACGGCCCUUGGAUAUCAGCAGUGUGCACGUGCCUUCCAUUUACUACCCUGUCUCGCUACACAAGACGAGACAGACAAGACCUUCGAAAUACGUGUACAGAGACCGUCGCUUCCCCAUUGACCAACCCUUUAUGCGAGGACGCUUGUCCAUCGCCUUUUAUAUAUGUUCUAUAGCAGUGAACAUUCAUUUUGAAUAAGCCAAGAACCACAUACUGAAGAAAAUGGAAGAUGGAGUAGCAGAAAACGAAGGCUUCCAUGGAGCUAAAGAAAGAGGAUAUGAAGAAGAUCAUAAGGGAGGUGAUGGAGCUAAAACCAGUGGAUUCAUGAAAAAUCUGAUCUCGAACUGGGUUUCUAGAGGAGAAGAUGAUGAAACAGAGGGAGAUGAUAUUGGAGAGGGUGGAGUCAAGGAAAAGGCCGGUGGACUUCUUGACCAUCUUACUAACUUGGUUUCUCCAAAAGCAGGAAGGAUGGCUGAAGAGAAAGAAAAGGGAGCAAGUGAAAACCAUGAGGGGUUGCGUUCAGAUGAAGAAGUGGAUGGCAGUAUUGGAGUUGGUGAGAGGCUGAUCAGUAAUUUAAAAUCCAAGUUUCUGCAUCAAAGUGAAGGGGAAGUGACAGAGAGUGGAGAAAAGAGAAGGAAGAUUAUUGAAGACGAAGAAGAAACCAAGAAGACAAUAUCAGAAGAAGAAAGUGGUGGAAUCAUUGACGAAAUUGUUUCUCAUUUGCCCCCAUCUCUUCCAGCCCCCACAACUGACGAAGCCGCCUUGCUGAUUAACAGUUUCGUCCGAGAUUAAGGAAAGAUGAUGAUGAUGAUGUUCAUACUUGAAGCUGCUUGCAUGAUUGUGUUGAAUUCUUUGUUGAAGUUGUAGUUCAAAUGGAAAAGGCUGUGGAGCAAUGUCCAUGGAUUUUAGCUCUGGUGUUUCUGUAUGGAUUUUUUUUUUCUUUCUAAAUUGCUAGCACUUGCAGGGCAUCCCUGUUUUUGUAAUAUCAAAACUUGCUCUGUCCAGUGAGAUUUGAACAUGAAAUUGUCAUUUUAGUGGUGUAA